AUGGGCGACGAGGACGACUUCGUAUCUUCUCCGCCCCCAGGACCCCCUCCGCUGCUGUCGAAGGAGCAACUGCUCCAUCUCGCACGGCAAGGCUGGCUAUCGCUCCCGCUGCCGGAGACCCUGUCGAGCACAGUUACAGACCUGUUCGAGAGCUCCGCACGGUUCUUCGAUCUUCCGGACCAGGAAAAGGCGGACCUGUAUCCCUCCAAAGCGGGGACGGAGUUCGGCUUCUACACUGUCCCCAAUGAGAAGGACUAUAUCACCUUUCGCUGUCGCAUUCACUCGACCGACAAGGAGUCAAGGGUGUCAUCACCGCGGUUGCCUCUCUUACGGACCCUCGAGGAUAAUGCCGCUAGAGCUUGGCAAGAAGGAGCACUUCUGUUGUGGCGCAUUCUAUGUGAUAUUACGCGGUGGUCUGAUCUAGAUCUAUCGAUAUGGAAUGACAUCCUUGACGGCUGUCGGACAAUGCCAGAAUCGGAGGAAGAAAUGGGUUAUACUCUGCUGCGCCUGUUUCGGUACCUGCCAGCUACUGGAUUCGCUGAGAGGCACACCGACCUGGGGCUGUUGACCAUCUGCAUAGGUGACAGUGGCGGCCUUGAGGUCUUGGAUCGGUUCAAAUCCACAAAUGAGAAGCCCCUAUGGAUCGACAGCGGAGCCAAACCGCAGACAGCGACGAUCUUGGUGGGACAGACACUCAAGGCGUUGUCGAACGGAAUGCUGAGCCCCGGUGUCCAUCGCGUCGUCGAAAACCCAAACGGCAGGAACAGCGCUGUUUUUGCGCUGCGCCACUCAUCAAAGCAUGACGUUAAUUUCAGCUUGUUUGGGGGACAAGGGCUGGUCAGCGCAAGUGACUUGUGGAAAUCUAUCCAAGUCGGCAAAGUAAACAUAAACUCCAUCAAAGAAAGGAGAGAUGCGCAGAGAGUCAAAUUCGCAGCCGAGAGGUUGGCGGCGCAGGACCACCAGGGACGGGACAUAGCUCGAGGCUAA